AUGAAGGAUGUAGAUUGUGAUGGGAAUUGUGGUUUUAGAGCUAUUGCAGGUUUACUUGGUCUUGGAGAGGAUGACUGGGUGCAAGUUAGGUGUGAUCUACUACUUGAAUUGAGUAAUCACAUAGAUGAAUAUGUCAUACUAUACGGGUCGCAUGAGAGGGUUGAGGAGCUGACACACAUCCUUUCAUAUUUUCAAGAUAGCCUAGGCUUUGAUCGUUGGAUGACUAUGCCCGACAUGGGGCAUCUUAUUGCAUCAUUUUAUAAUAUAGUUUUGUAUCACUUGUCAUUACAACAAUGUCUCAUGUUCUUACAUUUGAGAUCACCACCAGUAGCCCCAGCUGAUCAUCGUGAGAUUGCAAUUGAAUUUGUGAAUGGAAAUCAUUUUAUGCAAGUAUUUUUGGAGGCGGUCAUCCAGUUCCUCCCAUUGCUGUGCUUUGGCGAGUUCACCAUCACCCUUGUGCAUCAGAAUAAGAGAAUGCAUAUGUUAGUCGCAUUAAAAAAAUUCAAAGACAACAUAAGACCUAAUGUAGCUACUCGAGAGACAUUUGAUGUAGUUGACAAAGAUUGA